AUGGCCUCCAACAGCCUCGGCCCGCUGCCGCAGCUGGUCUCCGACCAGAACCCGCAGUUCAUCGGCGGCCUCAAGAACGACAGCAUCUGCCACAGCCAGCAGAAUGCCGACGGUGACGCCGAAAAGAACGGGAACCUGUCCGACGCCGAUUCCGUGAAAUCGCACGUCCAGGAUGGCGUCAAGCGCGUCGAGGCCAUCACCCAGGUCUGGUCGCCCACCGAGCUCGUCGUCAUGUUUGUCCUCCUCUACCUCGUCCUCUUCGUCGACGGCCUUCUGCAGAGUGUUCAGGGCAACCUCAUCGCCUACAUCACCUCCGAGUUCUCGAGUCACGGCCUGCUAUCCACCACCAGCAUCGUCGCCACCAUACUCGGCGGCGUCUGCAACCUCACAAUCGCAAAGGUCAUCGACAUCUGGGGCCGUGUCGAGGGCUUCCUCGUCAUGCUCCUCCUCCUCGUCGUCGGCAUCAUCAUGAAGGCCACCUGCGUCAACGUUCAGAUGUACGCCGCCGCCCACACGCUCUACUGGGUCGGCCACAUCGGCCUCACCUAUGUCGUCCAGAUCAUGACGGCCGACAUGACCACCCUGCGGAACCGCCUCAUCCUCUUCGGCUUGCAGCAGACGCCCAUCAUCUGCACCACCUUUGCCGGCCCCAAGAUUGCCGAGCUCUUCUACACCCAGGCCAACUUUCGCUGGGCCUUUGGCUGCUUCCUCAUCAUUCUCGUCGCCAUUUGCGUCCCCGUCGCCGUCAUCUUCCUUCUCAGCAAGCGGAGGGCCGUGCGAGCCGGACUCUACCCGACUCGCAACAGCGGACGCACCCUCUGGGCUUCGACAAAGCACUACGUCGUCGAGUUUGACGCCGCUAAUCCCGCGUGUGACCUUUCAGUCGUCGGCAUGUUUCUCACCAUUUUCGGCUGGUCUCUGCUCCUCUUACCCUUCAGCAUCGUCGUUUACGCUCCUGACGGCUGGCGGACCGGCUACAUUAUCGCCAUGAUCGUCCUCGGCGUCGUCCUGCUCGUCGCAUUCGCCCUCUGGGAGAAGUUCUUAGCCCCCGUCUCUUACUUCCCUUGGAAGUACCUCAAGGACCGCACCAUCCUCGGGGCUUGCCUCCUUUACGGCCUCAUGUUUGCGUCCAUCUUCUGCUGGGACGCAUAUUAUCUCUCGUAUCUCCAGGUCGUGCAUUUCCAGGACAUCACCAUCUCAGGCUAUAUCCUCAACACCUUUUCCCUUACCUCGUCGUUCAUCGCCCCCUUUGUCGGCCUCAUCGUCCGUUAUACGGGUGACUACAAAUGGCUGUCCAUCGCCGGCGUCCCAUUCGCCGUCCUCGGCACCUGCCUGCUUAUCCGCUUCCGUACCCCGAGCUCUCCAGUUGGCGUCCUCAUCAUGUGCCAGAUCUUCAACGGCCUCGCCACUGGCAUCUGGGGAAUGACGGCUCAGCUCGGCAUCAUGGCCUCGGUCGGCCAUCAGCAGAUCGCGGUCGCCAUCGCCCUCUUCGGCCUCUUCGGUGCCAUCGGCGCCGCCAUGGGCUUCGCCAUCGCUGGCGGCAUCUGGAACAAUGUGCUGCCCGCGAAGCUGCUCGAGUUUCUCCCCGACGACGCCAAGGCCAACGCUACUAUCAUCUUCGGCGACAUCACCGCCCAGUUGGCCUACCCUGCUGGAAGCCCCGAGCGUAACGCCAUAAUCGACGCCUACGCCGACGUGCAGAGGAAGAUGGUCAUCGCUGGCUCGGCCAUUUUGCCCUUGUGCUUGGCGUGCUUGCUGAUGUGGCGGAACAUCAACAUCAAGAAGCUGGAGCAGAUCAAGGGCAAGCAGACCAAGGGAACUGUAUUUUAA